AUGGCUUCAGCGCCCCAAGCGCCCCAUCCCGAGGACUUCUAUGACUUGCUGGAAGUUGCGAGAGAUGCGGAUGCAGAGCAGAUCAAGAAAGCCUACAGAAGGCAAGCAUUAAAAUGGCAUCCAGACAAGCAGGAUGCUGCCAAUCGCGCUUAUGCCGAGGAGCGGUUCAAGCUCAUUUCGGAAGCAUACCAAGUCCUCAGCGAUACCGAGCAAAGAGCAGCUUUCGACCGCUUCGGGAAGGAUGGUAUGCGAGGGCCAGGCAGCUCUGGCCACAAUGACGAAAACUUCGGCAUGGCCGGAUUUGGGCCGUUUGCUGGCUUUGGAGGCUUCGGCCAUGGCAGCCCAGGUGUCCGUGUUGUCUUCACGCGCACCGGCCCAGAUGGAGUCAGGUAUACUGAGACGCGGACGGACGGUGACUCUUCCACUUUCGGUGUGUUCGGACGUCGCGAUCCUUUCGACCUCUUCCGCGAUUUCUUCAGCGAUCGGUCGAACCUAUUUGCAAACCAUGCGCCUGGCUUCGGCCAUUUCGGCCCAUCAAUGCGAGGUUCCGAGGAGGAGGAAGAGGAUGAGCUGCAGCGGGCUAUCAGGCUUUCGACGCAGACGGCAGAGGAGGAGCAGCAGCGUCGCCUGCGUCAGUUCCAGCCAGACAUGGAUGACGAUGCAGCACUACGUGCUGCGCUCGCGGCAUCAAGGUCACAUGCGCAGCAGAAAGAACCACAAACAGUGCCAACUUCUGUGAUGUGA